CGCGAGUAGGAGGUCCUCUGUAUCACACACCAGAGGGAUGAAUGACUUCAGCGGAGUGCAGAUGGUCUGUGGACAGGAUCUGUGAGGCUGUUUGAUCAAGACUCGUCCACUGCGGGAUGAUGGACUCACUGCAAAGUUUCAGAAGGGAUUCCCCUCGGGACCUAAACGGCACCGCUGGCCCCGUAGUGGACACGGUGGCCCCUUGGAACUACAGCGAAGUCAACGCCUACAAGCUAGUGGACCGCCCGGCGUUUUCCACCACAGUGGCGAUGGUGCAAGAGUCCCGCCACCCUUUCCCCACGGUGGAUGUGCCAGACCACGCCCACUAUAUCAUCGGCUCAGUCAUUCUGGCUGUCGGCAUCACCGGCAUGGUGGGGAACUUCCUGGUCAUGUAUGCCUUCUGCAGGAGCCGCAGUCUUAGGACGCCCGCUAACAUGUUCAUCAUUAAUCUGGCUGUCACGGACUUCCUCAUGUGCAUUACCCAGACGCCCAUUUUCUUCAUCACCAGCAUGCACAAACGGUGGAUCUUCAGUGAGAAAGGCUGCGAGCUGUAUGCAUUCUGUGGCGCUCUUUUCGGGAUCUGCUCCAUGAUCACCCUCACGGUCAUCGCCCUGGACCGAUACUUCGUGAUCACGCGCCCGCUGGCCUCCAUCGGGGUGAUGUCACGGAGACGCGCCAUGCUUAUCCUGGCCGCCAGCUGGGUCUACUCCAUGGGGUGGAGCCUGCCCCCUUUCUUUGGUUGGAGUGCCUAUGUCCCGGAGGGCCUGCUCACCUCCUGCUCCUGGGACUACAUGACCUUCAGCCCCUCGGUGCGCGCCUACACCAUGCUGCUGUUCACCUUCGUAUUCUUCAUCCCCCUCUUCAUCAUCAUCUACUGCUACGUCUUCAUCUUCCGCGCCAUCCGCGACACGAACAUGGCGGUGGGUAAGAUUACUGGGGACAACACCAAAGACUCAAUUAAGAAAUUCCACCGCAUGAAGAACGAGUGGAAAAUGGCGAAGAUCGCCCUCAUCGUCAUCCUACUCUACGUCAUAUCCUGGUCCCCCUACUCCUGUGUUGCCCUGACAGCUUUCGCAGGAUAUGCUGAUAUGCUCACCCCUUACAUGAACUCUGUACCAGCGGUGAUAGCCAAGGCCUCAGCCAUCCACAACCCCAUAAUCUACGCCAUCACACACCCCAAAUACAGGUCAGCCAUUGCUAAGUACAUCCCGUGUCUGGGCGUGAUCCUGUGCGUGCCGAGCAGGGACCGCUUUGCCAGCAGCAGCUUCAUGUCCACGCGCCGCUUCACCGUCACCAGCCAGUGCUCUGAGAACAGCAACCAGCGCAGCGUCAAGCCCCGCCUCUCAUCCGUCUCCGACAGCGAGUCUGGCUGGACGGACACGGAGGCGGACCUCUCCAGCAUGGGGUCGCACCCCGCCAGCCGGCAGGUCUCCAGCGACACCCGGAAGUACACGCAGGAGAUGCCCCAGUGCAAGCCCGCCAACUCUCUCAAGGCCAAGAUGAAGGGCCGGGAGCUGGGGAUCUGCGAGAAGGCCUCUACGGGCACAUACGACAUCUCUAUGGCUGAAGUGGGCCAACUGAGUCAUAGUUCACCUUUAAUGGCUGGUGAAGGGGUGGGGCUUAAUGCAAUCUCCGGGCAGAUACCUUGCAUCCUCGUCACCGCAGAGUCUAGCCCAGCCGUCUUGCCGCCGCACAGAUCAAGCAGCCAUGGUUCCCGCUCCAAAACAACCAAUGGGGAACUGGGGGCAAGGCCAGUCACCGUGGAGUCGCUGGGGGGCCAACAGGGUUCACUUCUCCCUUCCACGGGUCAGGCCGAAAACAUCUGAAAAAGCCCACAUCACCUUUUUGGCUCAUACAGAGCUAUACUUAUUUAUUUUUUUAAAUAUAUGAUUGUGCAAAGUUGUUAAGGGGCUGUAAUCAGCAUAUACCUACUUCCACCUGAUGACUCCAGCCACUACCUGUGUUGUGUCUUCUUGUGCUUUCCCUGUUCAAUGUAAUACUGAAAGACAUUUGCACAGGUGCAGAAAAGGUGUGUUGCAAACCCCCCGUGGGGAAGCAACUGAUAGGUUGGCGGUGAGUGGAAUGCUGGUCCCGGUUGGACUUUGUCCAUUUAGGAGGGUCAGACAGCAGGCCGUGUAAAUUUUGAAAUUUCCCUGGUACAGCUGGUCAGAUUCUCAAAUACCAGAGAUGAGAGAGAGAGAGAGAGAGAGACCAAGAGAAUGUGAGAGGGUGAGAUUAAUGUGACAGUUUGUCUGUUACAUUGCAGGAGUCUAGUAAAACUGCUUUCUCUGAGCAUGACCUCCGGUCCUAACUUUAGGACAAUAGAUUUAAAUAAGAAGGUCAUACACUAGCCAGUGGCUCAGUAGCCACCAUAAGCUGAGUAUUCUUGCCUCCGCCCCCACCCCCAACUUUGGGCAGCUUUAAUAGUUCUUGACCAAAAAGAGUAAAUAGGUUUAUUAUUUGUACUAGACUGCAGUCACAUUAGCAUAUUUUGCAUAUGCAUGUACGCCAUUGCUUGCACUCAAUUUAAAAAUGAGGUCUCAUGGUUACAGAGUUGACAAAAGGGCUGUUAUGUCCAGAUGUAUAAAAGUAGUCAAGAGUCGGUUGCUAUUUAACCCCCCCCCCCAGUAUAUAACUGCUAUCUUCCCUCCACCCGGUCCUGGAUGGCUGAAAGGCUAGAGCCAUGC